UUCAGGGCGGAAAUGCUUUUGUUUCUUUUCUGGUUUACGCCAACGUAGAAAGAAGCGCUUCCCGGAGUGAACAUGGCGCUCUCGGGUGCCCUUUAGGUACGGCACGGUUCUGUUCCCCGUUUCUCGAGGCACAAUGGCGCUGAAGAGGAUGGUUUUGCACUUGGGGGCAGCGGCCAGGACAUCCCGGAAAGCUGAUCAAGCCAUUAGAUAUAGUUCUGCUAUUCCCAGUUCUACACCUUCUUCAGCAGAUGAAGUAGAUACAAGAGAAAAUGAGAUUGUGGCCCCUGACUUCACUAACCGGAACCCACGUAAUUUGGAACGCCUGGCUUUGGCAAGGAAGGAACGAGGCUGGAAAACCACAUGGCCAACACGAGAAUUUUGGCUUAGGGUGCGACUCAAUCAAACCCAGAAGCAUGUGGAGGCCUAUGUUGAGAGCUCCAGUGGUCACAUAGUAGUCUCUGCCUCCACCCGAGAAUGGGCCAUAAAGAAACACCUUCAUAGCACAUCGGGUGUGACAGCAUGUGAGAAUGUGGGGCGUGUGCUUGCGCAACGGUGCCUUGAAGCAGGAAUUAACUUUGUGCAUUUUGGAGCAAUCGUUCCAUGGACAGAGCAGAGCAUUUCGGUCAAAAAAUUUGAAAACGCUAUGACAGAGGGUGGAAUCGUAAUGAACGAGCAGCAAAGAGUGUAUACUUAAACUAACAAGUCACAAGAAGAUCCUGAUGCAAGUCUUAUAAACAUACUGUUUAAAGGUGUAAUAGUAUUGAAACCUGUUAAAUAAAAUAAAGUUUUAAUAUAAAAA